AUGGCGGCCAAAAAUUAUUCCAAGAUUGAGGAUGAAGUGGCUCGAGAUGUCAGGUAUCUUGAUUCACGGGUCGUGUUGCUAAUUCAAAAUCAAAUGGCCUUGGAUGCGAGGGAAGAAGUUCAGCAGCAUCUCGAAGAAGCAGACAAAUGUGAGGGACUUGAUCUAGAUGACAGAGGGACCCAGUGA